CUCAGCCUUGCCGCAUGGGGAGGAGGCUACAACUUGCAGUGCCAGAACCUCCACAGCGCAGGGGAGGCCGACAUUCGGGUAGCCAACGUGCUGUGGUGGUAUUAUUUUUCCAAACUAAUUGAAUUCAUGGACACUAUCUUCUUUGUACUGAGAAAGAAAAGCAGCCAGAUCACCUUUCUUCACGUGUAUCACCAUGCCACUAUGUUUAACAUUUGGUGGUGUGUUCUGAACUGGAUACCUUGUGGGCAAAGUUUUUUUGGACCCACUUUGAAUAGCUUUAUCCAUGUGCUUAUGUAUUCUUACUACGGACUGUCAGUGAUCCCUUCUAUGCACAAGUAUCUCUGGUGGAAGAAAUACCUCACUCAGGCACAAUUGAUCCAAUUUCUGCUCACUAUUGUGCACACACUAAGUGCAGCUGUGAAGCCAUGUGGAUUCCCAUUUGGCUGUCUCAUGUUCCAGUCCUCCUACAUGACUACGCUGGUCAUUCUCUUCAUAAACUUCUACAUUAAGACAUACAAGAAAAUACCUUCAAGAACAGCCACAAAAGAAACCCCUGUCACAAAAGAAAUCAAGAAUGGUUUCCAUAAAGACUACUUUGCUGCUGCCAACGGAUUCCUGAACAAUAAGAAAGCACAAUAAGUAUAGUAUUUCCUAUGAUUUUUUCUAAAAAAAAGAC